AUGGUAAAUAAUUUGGUCGCCGGAGAGCCACACCACCACCACCAUUAUUUAGACAACCACCAGAUAUCUUGUAGGUUGGAGGUGGCAGUCCCUGGUAGGGUUGUUUUUGUUUGGGUUUUCCAACGAAGAAAUAGGGAUGGAGGAAUGGAAGCUAUAUACUGCUCUCGCAUACAUGAAAAGCAUCCUUUCGGAUAUUCAUCUACGGAGAAAAUCCGCAGGAGUUGUCGUUUUCCGCUUGUGUUAUUGGAGCUAUCGUUGGUUCUUGUGCUUACACAUAUUAUCCGUCACCUUCUCAAACCUCUCAAACAACCACGAGUUAUAUCCGAGAUCCUUGGUGGCAUGAUUGUUGGACCAUCUUGCUUAAGCCGUUACAAGAAGUUUGCGAACUGGAUCUUCCCAGGCCAAUCGGCGUACAUAUAUCGGAAUAUUGGUACAUUUGCUUUCAUGUAUUUCAUGUUCUUAUCCGGGGUGAAGAUGGACCUCCUCAUGAUAAAAAAAGCAACAAAAAAGCAAUGGUAUAUCGGCAUGGUUGGUAUGGUUGUACCUACGGCAGCAACAGCAUUGGUUGCUGUAUGUGUCAGAAAUUCUUUAGGCCCUGAAAUGAUGAAAGUUUCUUCGAUUUGGGGUAUAAGUGCAUCCCUAGCUAUAACAGCUUUCCCUGUUCUCCACCCCAUCAUGAGAGAACUCAACCUUUUGAGCUCUGAUAUAGGUCGAAUGGCAUUAGCUACGGCUGUUAUUGGUGACGUGGUCGGAAUUAAUGGGCUCGUCGCAUUUGAGAUUGCUAAACAAGCGGAAGGUCGGCCCUUGGCGCCAUUGGGAUACGCCAUGUCUGGGCUAUUCUUUUCUGUAAUUAUCUUUGGUGGGGUUCGAUUGUUGAUGUUUUGGAUCAUUAAGAUAACACCAGAAGGGAAACCAGUUGAGCGUUACGUAAUUUCGAUCUUAGCAGGAGUUCUAGCGGUGGCGUUCUUGACUGAUAUGCUUGGGCUCGCCAUAGUUAAUGGUCCAUGGUAUUUGGGUCUGGCGAUCCCUGAUGGCCCACCGUUAGGAUCUACCUUGACCCAUAAGUGUGAAUCAAUUUGUUCUGAAAUAUUGAUGCCAUUUGCAUAUUUAAACAUCGGCUUGAUGACAGAUGUGUUUGCCAUGAGGGAUGAUUGGUCGAAAUUGCAGCCUUUGUUUUUUUGUAGCGUUACUGGAUAUUUAACGAAAUUUGUGUCAACUUUACUGGUUACUCGAUUCUUUGACAUGUCCAUGAGAGAUGGGGUGACCUUGAGUUUGAUAAAGAGCUUGAGAGGUCAAGUCGAGCUUUUGCUUUUUAUACACUGGUUGGACUUUCAGAUGAUCGGGAUUCCACAGUUUACUAUGUUUGUACUUUUGACAACGGUGAUGACGGGAAUAGCAUCGCCGUUAAUCAACAUAGUCUACAAUCCAAAUAGGCCAUACAUGAUCAAUAAACGACGAAACAUCCAACAUACUCCUCCUAACACCGAACUCAACGUUCUGGUGUGCUUCCUUGAUGAAGAAAGUGUUCCAGGAAUGAUCCACCUUCUAGAAGUUUCUAACCCAACAGUACACAGUCCUUUCUUAGUAUACGCUCUUCAUCUUGUCGAGCUUGUGGGCCGAGCUGCUCCCAUGUUCAUCGAUCAUACAGGAGAACCCAAAGAAAAUGAUAAAAAGAGCCAAAAGGAUUACAGCGGGGCUGUACAUAAAUCCUUUCAAACUGUCCAUGAAACCAGGGGUGAUGUUAUUAAGGUUCACUCGUUUACCUCGGUAGCACCAAAAAGAAGCAUGUACCAAGAUGUUUGUGAGCUUGCUUUGAACAGGAAAGCAUCUUUGAUAAUAUUACCGUAUAAUAUGUCCCCAAUGAGAGGCUUAGCAGGGACAGAUAUGAUUCAAAACAGUGUGAAAUCUUUGAACUACACUGUGUUGGACCAUGCACCAUGCUCGGUGGCCAUGUUAGUCGAUAAGGGGGAUUUCAGGGCACCCACAAACCUACGCAUGUCUGUGACACUACAAUACCAUUUCGCAAUGCUUUUUCUAGGUGGAGCAGACGCAAGGGAAGCAUUGGCGUGUGCUGAUAGGAUGGCUGGGAAUCCGAAUGUUUCACUUACUGUGAUACGGUUUCUUGCGUAUAAUGGUGAAGGAGAUAAUGAAAUGGAAAAGAAGCUUGAUGAUGGGCUGGUGACUUCAUUUUGGGUGAAAUAUGAGGGGAAUGAGCAAGUGGCUUAUCGGGAGGUGGUGGUGAGAAAUGGUGAAGAGACUGUAGCAGCUAUUCGAGCCAUGAAUAGUGAGGAUUAUGAUCUUUGGAUUGUGGGGAGAAAACUGGGGGUUAAUCCGAUUUUGAUCGAAGGUUUGUCGAGUUGGAGUGAAAAUUUGGAGCUUGGAGUGAUUGGUGAUUAUGUUGCAUCUGUUGAUUUAGGGAGCACGGCUUCAGUUUUGGUAGUGCAACAACAGGUUUUACGAGACAAAGAGACCAAUUCUGGGGGAUUGCGAGGGCGAAUCUCUAGAUAUUUUAGUGAUAUUUUAUGUUUUUGA